AUGAAUAACAAAACAGAGGGGUCGACUAGCGUCAAUAGUGAAGAACGAAUAGUGUUGAAUGUGGGAGGAAUGAAGUACGAGACAUACAGAUCAACCCUCCUGUCACUUCCUACGUCACUCUUGGGUACAAUGUUCUCAUUGCGAAAUUCAAUGCUUCUUCAUCCAACGAAUAACAACGAAUACUUUUUCGAUCGUAAUGGAAGAGCAUUUCACUAUAUCAUAGAAUAUUAUCGUACUGGACGAUUGCGUUAUCCACCGCCAAAAUACUCAUUAGUAUCUUGCGAAGAACUAGAGACAGAGCUCGACUUUUUCCAAAUCCCCAUUCCACAACAUUUGGUUCUGACACCUAAAGAUUCAAAGCCCAAAGAUCCAGCAGCAGUCACAGUUAACAGUUUCAUCAGUAUGUUACAAGCAGUUGUUCGUGAGAUUCGGGCAAAUUUGGAGACCAAAGUUGAGGUUAUUUUCCCAUGGAGAGAUAGAAGUAAGUUUAGUGUUGAACCAGAUAUUGCUGCUAUUACUGAUUUAAUUCGUCCUUUUGAUGUUACCGGAUAUAAUGUGCUUGAGGCGUUUGGAAAUCAGAUUGGCAAGUAUCUGAAGAAAACUGUGUCUGGGUUGAUUUGGAUAUUGAACGAGCGUGAUGCAAGUGCCAAUUAUCCACCAAGGUUUUAUUUGAUGAUGAGUUUUAGCGUUGAUAGUUUUGACUAUCGGGCCAUUGCAAAAGAGACUGUACUACGAGAAUUAAGUGACUCGAGAGAAGUGUACAGUGUAUAA